AGAAGAGGAACCCGGGCCGGACCGGGCCGUUGGCGGGCGGUGCCGUUAGCGGCGGGAGCGGUGGCUCCGCAACGACCCUUCGCGAGAACUCCGCUGAGCGGCCGGACCGGGGCGGCCACCGGAACCGGUACCGGUACCGAGGAUGGAUGAGUCAGUGGCCAUCCAGGAGAGCCUGGAGGAGGGGGAGAUCUGCCGGAUCGCGGUGCAGGGGGUUCUGGUCGACGGGGAGAGCCGGGAGAGCCGUCUGCUGGGGCUGGUGGAGAGCGGCGGGCAACGCGCGCUCCAUGUGUACACUCACCGGAGGAUGGCCAUAGCAGCUGAGGAUGUCUGGCUGGAGCAGGUCAUCCCCAUCACAGAAGAGUUUAUAGUGGAAGAAGUUGGUAAUCCCCCGUGGCACUCGUGCAUCACGUGUCACGGGUGGGAGGGCCCCACGGGGUCAGUAGCUCUGCAACCCGGAGCACCCUGUGCACUGAGAAGCACCACCCUGGCAGUUGUCCUGGACAGUGACCUCCAAGUCCUUGGUUCGGAUGUGACGGUUCGGAUCGGCCCGGCAGACGAUUGCCUCACGGUGCAGCUGCCCUUCGGCUCCCACACGCGGGACUUUCUGCGGGAGCUCCGCAAAAGCCCCGGGGAAGAAGGAGUUGGCUUGGAAGAUGCCAAACAGAAUGGAAAAAAGGUUGAAGUGAGUCAGGACCAGAACCAGAGCCAGGAUAAAAGUUCUCGUAGGCAAAGCAAAGUCAAACCUGAAGAGACAGCUGAGAUGGUGCAAUCCUCUGAUGUGAUGGAUUCAAAGAAGGCUUCACUCUUGCCAGAACUGGACUUUAAAGUCAGAGAUACUUUAAUAACAGCUUGUCUGAAAGAAAUGGAGGAUUCCUACACAGAAAUCCAGAACUUCAGGUUUUUUGCUGGGACAUACAAUGUGAAUGGUCAGGCCCCCAAAGAGAGCCUUGAGCCUUGGCUGAGGUGUGAUGCUGAGCCACCAGACAUCUACUGUGUGGGUUUCCAGGAGGUUGAUCUCAGUAAAGAAGCCUUCUUUUUCUAUGAAACACCACGGGAAGAGGAAUGGUUGAAAGCUGUCACUGAGAGUCUUCACCCAGAUGCCAAAUAUGAAAAGGUGAAACACGUGAGGCUGGUGGGAAUCAUGCUCCUGUUGUAUGUGAGAGAGGACCUGGUGAUGAACAUCUCCGAGGUGGAAGCUGAGACUGUGGGCACUGGGAUCAUGGGGAAGAUGGGUAACAAAGGUGGUGUUGCCAUAAGGUUUAAAUUCCAUAACACUACUCUGUGCAUUGUGAAUUCUCACCUGGCAGCUCACAUGGAGGAAUACGAGAGGAGGAACCAGGACUUCAAGGACAUCUGCUCCCGGAUGCAUUUCUGCCAGUCAGAUCCCAAGUUGGCCUCUCUCACCAUUGCCAAACAUGAUGUGAUCUUGUGGCUGGGUGACCUCAACUAUCGUCUGGAGGAUCUGGAUGUGGCAAAAGUGAAGCAGCUGGUGGAAGAGAAAGCUUUUCCAGAGCUCUGGCAGUAUGACCAGCUAAAGAGGCAAAUGAAUGCAAAUGCAGUCUUUGAAGGCUUUACAGAGGGAGAGCUUUCUUUCCAGCCAACAUACAAAUAUGAUGCUGGCUGUGAUGACUGGGACUCAAGUGAGAAAUGUCGUAUUCCUGCCUGGUGUGACCGGAUACUCUGGAAAGGGCAGAACAUUGCUCAGCUGAGCUACAGGAGCCACAUGGCUCUGAAGAUCAGUGACCACAAACCAGUCAGCUCUGUGUUUGAUAUCGGGGUGAAGGUUGUGGAUGAGGAGCUUUACCGAAAAGCCUUCGAAGAAAUCGUGCGCUCCCAGGACAAGAUGGAAAACGCCAGAAUCCCCUCAGUCACCCUGUCCAAGAGGGAGUUCCAUUUUGGGGACGUGAAGUACAUGCAGCUGCAGGUGGAGAGGUUCAGAAUCUGCAAUGGAGAAGUGGCCUGCCAGUUUGAAUUUAUCAACAAACCAGAUGAGGAAGCUUACUCCAAGAAGUGGCUGGCUGCUUAUCCCAGCAAGGGCUUUCUGCACCCAGGUGCUGAGAAGACAGUUCUGUUGGAGGUGUUUGUUGAUAAAUCAACAGCUACACACUUAAACUCUGGAGAGGAAAAACUUGAAGAUAUCUUGGUCUUGCAUCUUGACAGGGGGAAGGAUUAUUUUAUCUCUGUAACGGGGAACUACUUGCCAAGUUGCUUUGGGUCUCCUCUCCACACCCUGUGCCACAUGAGGGAACCCAUCCAGGACAUGUCAGCAGAAUCUAUUCAGAAACUUACCCUGAUGCCACUGGAGAUCAGUGAUGAUGCCACUGAAGAUGAAAAGCCCAUGGACAUUCCAAAGGAGCUGUGGAUGAUGGUGGAUCAUCUCUACAGGAAUGCUUCCCAGCAGGAGUACCUGUUCCAGCAGCCAGGCCUCAAGGCUGAAUUUGAGGAAAUCCGGGACUGUUUGGACAAAGGAAUCCACGACACCCUCUUUGGCAACAAUCACUCAGUUGCUGAAGCUUUGCUGCUCUUCCUGGAGAGCCUGCCAGAGCCUGUCAUCUGCUCCAGGUUCUACAGCAGCUGUCUGGAGAGUGCCAGCAACUACACACUGAGCAGCCAGAUCAUCUCUAAACUGCCCAGGUGCCACAAAAAUGUCUUUGAGUAUCUGAUGGCAUUUCUCCGGGAACUGCUGAGAAAAUCAGGGAAAAACCACUUGGAUGUGCACAUGCUUGGCAGCAUUUUUGGGCAGUUGUUGCUUCGCCCUCCUCCUGGACGUCCUGCACCUGACACAGCUGAGAAGAAGAAAGCUCAGCAGUUCAUCUGUCAGUUCCUCCUGACAGAAAACAAUCCACCCUGAGUUUCAGAUGCAGCUGAUCUGAUUUUUAGCUAUCAAAUCACUGUAAAAAAAAGAUAUUUUUUUGUACACUGGCUUUUUCAAAACGUUAUCAGAGGAUUUUAUACUUUCCUGGCAGUUUGACUUUUUUAAGGUGUAAAGUGUAUAAAAUCUCUAAAUAAGCUGUACAGAGACAAGCAGAAAUAGAAAAGC